ACCAAGAAAGUAGGUUUUCAAAAUGGCAAAUCCACCCAAGAACCAGGAAUGGUCCACACAAGAUUGGAACAAUCAUUGGGAUUCAGGGAAAUUAUCCAAACACAUAAAAAAGGAAUAUAUUGAAGAUCUUCUGAGGCAAGAAAAGUUGCUUUUUCCUGAUUCUGGGAAAUCGUAUCGCGUCCUUGUGCCGUUAUGUGCAAAGUCUUAUGAUAUGGAAUGGCUGGCCAGCAAAGGGCAUUCUGUCAUUGGGCUUGAUUGCUCUGAAACUGUUUUGAAAGAAUUCUUUGUUGAACAUAAUAUGGAAUUUAGUGAAGCACAAGAUGGUAAUUUCAAGGUAUUCAAGUCAAAGUCUGAAGAACUCGAUAUCACAUUAUAUGCAGGAGACAUUUUCAAUCUGCCGAGCUUGAAAUUUGAAAAGUGCGAUGCAGUUUGGGAUUACGCAAGUAUAGUAGUCAUAAAACCCCAAGAAAGGCAAAAAUAUGCAAAUGUUAUCACUGAGAAACUGACCACAGAUGUAAGUUAUCUUCUCUGUGCUUUCAAUUUCGACGGAUUCGUUAACCCCAACGGACCAGCAUAUCACACGUCUUCUAAAAUGGUUCGUGAUAUUUUUGGAGAUAGUUUUGGAAUUAUCGAAUUGCCAGAUGCAAGUACAAAACAUAUUUUCAACGGUAAAGCAGUGGCAAUGAAAAAUUUCUUCCAUAUGACAAAAAAUAAAUAAAUAAUUCUAGAUAUAUAGGCCCAUGUCAACUGAUAACUACUGAUUUAUCUAAAGAAUAUUUGUUAAACAUGUUAAUAUUUGAGUCAGUGGUUCUCUCAAGUCUUAGUACCUCAUCAGUGUUAUAGUUAUUUUCAGGUGGGGGAUUGUGUCUUAUCUAUGAGAAGACUUGAGUAAAAAUGAAGAGUGUUGAAUAAUAAGUGUGAAAUUAUUGUUUCAUAAUCAUGCUCAUAUUUUCCAUUUUUUGUUUGUCAAUGAACAUUAUUUUUUUUUAAUAGGUUUUUAUCAACUUGCUCAAUUUUUUUUCAAAUUAUAUAAGUGUUCACUCAACUUCAUUUGCACAUCAAUUUAAAUAAAGACCU